UUCGCUUACGCGUUUCUCCAACUUUCGUCUCAUCGUCUCACCUUGCACCCUAGGCUUAACUGAUUUUCAAAGCGACAUUUCACUUGCGCAUGAAGCUCGUCGUCCGUGUGCAAUACGUCGGGGAACGAGCUCGUCUCUUGUUGCGAGAGGAUCAGGCUGCGGACUAUACCAAAGGUCUGAUCGAUGACCUUGAAGUCUUCGGCUUCCCAGUGCCUCAUGAGCAAAAGCCCAUUGAGAAAUCUGGCUUUAUGCUAUGUGUCUGGCAUGUUGACAGGGACAGCGACAUACAUCGUAUGAUCCAGAACGCUUUCAUGAAGGCUAAGGCUGAGGCGGCCUCGUUGAUGGAUCGCUCCAUUCGAUACAUAUCUCUGAACGAAGAUGGCGUGAUGCAUACCACGUCCCUCGCACAUAAGCCAUACAAACCAAAGCCACACAACAAACCAGCCUUCGGCUUCGGUAACCACCAAAUUCAAGAUGUCAAACCUUUCGGAAAGGCACCCAAGUAUCCCACCACUAUAUCCCAGGCUCGGAAGGGCGUCACACCGUUGUCCCAACGUAUUGCUGGUAUUGAGCCUUCCGGCUACAGCGCUGGCUCGUCCAGCUACUACGCUGACCACAGCGUAAGAGACGUUGAUAUGCACUAUAUGGGCGCGCGCACGCCCCCCUUUGCGAACGGCAGUGACACGUCAUCUAACAGUGUGAUCGAUGUGACUCAGCAGGCCCUUGCUCAGUUGAGCCAGUCCUCCGCCUUGCAGUCACUUCUGCAGCGAGGUCAAUCUACGCCCACCACCGUCAAGAUGGAACCUGCCCCUCCACCUGAUUUGUCUUUGCCUCCACGCCCCACCGCAGCUCCGUCUACGCAGCCACAAUUCUCUAAUCUGCAGGCGCUGCUCGAGAAAGCGGGCGUGAAGAGUUCCAGCGCACAGGCAUUCUUAUCUGCGCAGAACAAUGGCCUGCCGGCCAAGCCGAGCCUUCAUGUGUCCGGAGCGAGUCCGGUUCCAAUGUCCAACGCGCAGGCGACCCCGGCUGUUUUUACCCCUUCUUCGAUCAGCUCGCUGGGCACCCAGCUUUCCAUGCCUGCUGCCACGAACGCGUUCACGUCACUCGCGUCUCCAUCCAGCGUGCUCGCCAGUAGGCCUGCUAGCAUCGGUGCUUCUGGCUCGAGACCGCAUUCUACGACGCCCUCUGCUCCUCCGCGGGGACCUGCCGUGCACGCUGCCACAAGGGAACUAUGGGACGUCCGCCGGCAGAUCUCGGCACUCCAAGCCCAAGAAAGUGACUUGGAGUUGGAGUUGCGGCGGGCAGGGCAGCCGGUACCGCCGAAAGAGGGCAGCAAUCCGUAUGUGUCAGAACAGCGCGUUCGUGCACUCGAGGACGAAAUUGCUGCUUUACGUGAGGAAUUAGGCCGCGAGCAACAAAACUGCAGGGUCCAGGACGCGCUGCUCCGAGCGGAGCGUGUGCGGCGUGCGGAGCUCGAGACGAUGGUGAAGGACACCACGAGGGAGUGCAAGCAGCCGUUCGUCGUGCCCGCGCUCUUGGACGCUUUCAUGAAGAUCGGGCAGAUGACGGGCGACGCGCUCAAGGACGCGCACGGUAGCGCCGUCCAUCCUAUGGAGCUUUGAGAGUCCAUCGGCGCACGCACGCAUGCACGCUAGAUGCACCGAACUCAGAAACGCGUGCGCCGAUAGACGAAGAAGAGAAGAGACAUCUACCAUGAGGUGGUCAUGGUGUCUUGCCCCAGUAUCGAUUCAGUUUCUUUGCCUCUUCGUGCGAAUCUUGCCGCACGGGAGACAAUCUUUGGAGAUCUGUCGUGCACCUGGUUUGGGCUGUUGUGUUGAGGUGUCUACCGGAAGGGACAUCGAUGGCAACUUGGUCUGUCCGGGGCUGGCGUCCAGGAGACGUGUCACCACCGGGAUUCGAAUGUUGUCGCGUUGUCGCAUCUUCUGGCGUGGUGGUUCCCAGGUGCACAUCGCGUGCCUCGGUCUCGGUAUCAGUAAUUCGCUUCGGCUCGGAACUUUCAAGGUUCUUCUCCCCCCACAAAUGCCGCUGCAUCCCACCGCUCUGGAGGGAAUGCUGCUCUCCUUCUGUCCCGCGUUCUUGCGACCCGUUCGUUCUCGUCCAGGUCUCCGAAAGCCUCAAGCCCCGAGAUGGAUGGAUAUCCGGCUAUCCCGUUCAGUCCAUCACCCACGUGUGUCCACCUUUGUGAAAGUCCAAGCAGGCGUAGGGCGGACGAACAGGUUCAGAGAUCCCGGUCCAGGGGGAAAGCGCGGUGUCUUGUCGUUUGUAUGAUUAGUCAGGCGGUUUCUGUAUCAUUUCGAGGUUCAUGAAGCCUAGGUGUAUUCAAUUGAUC